UGAACAUUUUCUCGCCACUUUCUUUUCACAACUUAUUGCUAUUCCGAGAGGAAGAAAAUAUGGGUGUGAAAGGCAAAUUGAUUUCUUCAAUAGAAGUGAAGUGUGGAGGACACCCAAUUCAUGAUAUUUUUCACACCAACAGUGAUCUUGUACCCAAUAUAAGUCCUCAUGUCAACCAUUUUGAGAUCCAUGAAGGUGAAAUCCUAAAGGUUGGUUCGGUUGUUAGUUGGAAAUACAUCGAGGAUGGAAAAGAAAAGUAUGUUAAGGACAUGAUCGAAGCCAUUAAUCCUCAAAAGAAAUCAAUCACUUGGAAAGUGAUUGAAGGAGAUAGGAAAGAUUUGUAUAAUUCCUUCAUUGUCAUCACAUUCAGUGAAGAUCAGUGGACUACAGUGAGAUUUGAGUACGAGAAGAAAACUGACCCCCUCCCUUUCUUGGGUUAUUUCCUUUAUGUGAUCAAAGAUAUAGAGAAGUACCUUCUCAAGAAGUAGAAUAUCUAUGAUGUUCAAUGGUUCUAUUCUAUAUGUGUGCGCGCGCGCUUGUGUGAUGAAUAUUCAGCAAUAUUAACCAGUUUUAGCUAGCGUGUGAAAUAAAUAAUGUUAUGUUUGAAGAAUAUUAUUUCCAAUGA